AUGUCGAAAUUUAUUCUUUCUUGUGUAUUGGUUAUUUUUGCCGUCAGUUUGGCUUGUGACGAUCCAUUCAUUGAGUUUCCACGUCCAACCAGAGUCUUACAACCCGAGGAUUUAUCUCUUGCCCAUCGUCAAUACCAUGAAAAGUAUAUGCAAAUUGCCUAUGAUCUUGCAGUGGCAAAGAAAAGCAUUUUCACAACUGUCAUAGUUGCACCAAAUGGAACUGUAGCUUGCACCGGACUCAACCAAAAUGAAAAAUCUGCUAUUUAUCAUGGAGAAAUUGUAGCCAUAUUGAACUGCUCAGCUAUUUACAACAAAAAUACCUGGGAAGGUUAUUCAUUGUAUACUACUGGUGAGUCAUGCGCAAUGUGCCAAGCUGCAGCAAUGUGGGCUGGUUUUGACCAGAUUAUCUAUGGUACCUCAAUUGAAACCUUGUAUUGCGAGAAGUGUUUAGGUCAAUUACCAGUUCUCUCGAAUCAAAUCAAUGCUCUUGCUUAUGGUCUCUCAGGAAAUAACUCACCAGCUCAAAUAAUUGGUGGAAUUUUGGCUAGAAAAACUGAUACUCUCUUCCCUAAUUACUUUAUAAAUCAAAAUGAAAUUCCAAUUAUUUCCUCCUCAAUCAUUGAUUAUAGCAAAGAAAAUUAUGGAAUAUUAUAUCAAAUACAAACUAUGAUAUUGGUAUUGAUCCUACAGCUAGCUGACGAAUGA